AGGCGGCGGAAGGAUACCUCUGGCAUCCAGACACCAAGUUGGAGUCUGUGGCUGCGCGCAUUGAUCAGGUCUGCUCGCUGGGGGUGUGCUGAGGCUCAGACUGUCAGUCAUUCUGCGAUCAGUGGCUGCACACAGCAUACAGAGCAGCUGGCAGCCCACUCCACAGAACGGGGAGAAAAAAUACUAUUUCCCGCAAAAUAACACUCAGCUGCAGCCUGCCUCCUAUACAUCAUUUACCAUAAGAGGGGAUUAACACAAUUCAGCAGCAUCUUUGGACCCAUUUUCACCUAUAGGAGCAGCAGGAGAAAUUCCUCCAUCUGCAGUCUUACAAUGCUGCACACCAAGGACCUCAUCUGGACUUUAUGUUUCCUGGGAGCUGCAGCUGCUUUGCAAGUGAAUAUUGUUCCAGAUCAAGGGGAAAUUAGUCUUGGGGAGUCGAAAUUCUUCCUAUGUGAAGUAAGCGGUGAAGCAAAAGAAAUAUCUUGGUAUUCCCCUUCUGGAGAGAAGUUGGUGAGCCAACAGCAGAUCUCGGUGGUGAAAAACGAUGAUUAUUCCUCAACCCUUACCAUAUACAAUGUGAGCACCCAAGAUGCCGGAAUCUAUAAAUGUGUUGCUAGCAGCGAGACCGAAGGAGAGUCGGAAGGCACCGUGAAUCUCAAGAUUUACCAGAAGCUGACCUUUAAGAACGCACCCACCCCGCAGGAGUUCAAAGAAGGAGAAGAUGCUGUUAUUGUCUGUGAUGUUUCUAGUUCAAUGCCUUCAAUUAUUAAAUGGAAGCACAAAGGAAAAGACGUCAUUUUCAAGAAAGAUGUCAGAUUUCAUGUGCUUACCAACAACUACCUACAGAUUAGGGGCAUUAAGAAAACAGAUGAGGGGACUUAUCGCUGUGAGGGACGUAUACUGGCUCGCGGAGAGAUCGACUACAAGGAUAUCCAAGUCAUAGUCAACGUUCCACCAACUGUUCGUGCCCGGCAGGUGGAGAUCAAUGCCACGGCCAACAUGGGAGAGUCUGUUACCCUGGCCUGUGAUGCUGAUGGCUUCCCCGAGCCUGAUAUCAUCUGGACAAAGAAAGGGGAGCAGAUCGAGGAUGAGGAUGAAAAAUACAGCUUUAAUGACGACAACACCGAAAUGACUAUCAAUCGCGUAGAAAAGGAUGAUGAAGCUGAAUACUCCUGUAUAGCCGAGAACAAGGCCGGAGAGAGUGAUGCCAUCAUUGCUGUGAAAGUCUUCGCAAAGCCCAAAAUCACCUAUGUUGAAAACAAAACUGCAGUGGAGUUAGACAACGAGAUUACUUUGACCUGCGAGGCAUCCGGAGAUCCAAUCCCCAGCAUUACCUGGAGAACUGCAACUCGCAACAUCAGCAAUGAGGAGAAGGCUUCGUGGACACGGCCACAGAAACAAGAGACAUUGGAUGGACGUAUUGUGGUCAAAGGCCAUAUCCGGAUGUCCUCUCUUACUCUAAAGGACAUUCAGUACACGGAUGCUGGAGAAUACUUCUGCGUUGCUAGCAACACCAUUGGCCAAGAUACCCAAGCCAUGUACUUUGAAGUGCAGUAUGCGCCUAAAAUCCGGGGCGCUGUGGUGGUCUAUACCUGGGAGGGUAAUCCAGUUAAUAUCACCUGCGAGGUGCUUGCUUAUCCAAGCGCUAAGGUUUCCUGGCUCAGAGAUGGACAGCUUCUGCCAAGCUCAAACUUCAGCAACAUCAAAAUCUAUAACACUCCACAUGCCAGCCACCUGGAGAUAAACCCCGAUUCAGAGAACGAUUUUGGAAACUACAACUGCACUGCCGUCAAUAGCGUCGGCCAGGAGUCUGCCGAGUUCAUACUGGUACAAGCCGAUACACCUUCUUCACCAAGCAUUCUCAGGGUGGAAUCCUACUCCAGCACGGCCAUGGUUGAGUUUGAUGAACCAGAUGCCACCGGUGGAGUACCCGUCCUCAAGUACAAAGCAGAGUGGAAAACUGCAUCACAGGAGAAGUGGCACUCAAGGCUGUAUGAAGCCAAAGAGGCAAAUGCAGAGGGCAUCAUUACACUGACCAGCCUGAAACCCCAAACUCAAUAUACAUUGAAGCUGUCAGCUAUCAACGGGAAAGGGCUCGGGGAAUCCACAUCACCAUUUGACUUUGUGACUCAGCCAGUCCGCGAACCCAGCGCUCCUAAGCUACAAGGCACCAUAGGAGAUGAUGGAAACUCCAUUAAGGUGAACCUGAUCAAGCAAGAUGAUGGCGGCUCCCCCAUCCGACAUUACUUGGUCCAAUUCAAAGCUAAAAACGCAGUGGAAUGGAAACCUGAAAUGAAGAUUCCGUCCAGCAGUGACCAUGUCUUGCUCAAGUCUUUGGAAUGGAACGCAGAGUACGAGGUGUUAGUGGUGGCUGAAAAUCAACAAGGAAGGUCUAAAGCAGCUCACUUCAAGUUUUAUACCAUGGGAAAACCCACAGUCAUUCCAGCCACCACUACCACCAGUUCGGGCUUAGGGACCGGAGCUAUCGUGGGCAUCCUCCUUGUCGUCUUCAUCCUUGUCUUGGUGGCCGUGGAUGUAACCUGCUACUUCAUGAAUAAAUGCGGCCUGCUCAUGUGCAUUGCAGUUAAUUUCUGUGGGAAAGCGGGUCCUGGCGCUAAGGGCAAGGACAUUGAGGAAGGAAAGGCAGCAUUUUCGAAAGAUGAAUCAAAGGAACCUAUUGUGGAGGUUCGAACAGAAGAGGAAAGAACACCAAACCAUGAUGGAAGCAAUCAGACAGAACCCAACGAGACUACACCACUAACAGAACCUGAGCAUCCAGCUGACACCACAGCAACUGUUGAGGACAUGCUGCCUUCUGUAACUACUGUUACUACUAAUUCUGACACUAUCACUGAAACUUUUGCUACAGCUCAAAAUAGCCCUACCAGUGAGACCACUACUCUAACUUCCAGCACUGCCCCACCACCUUCCAGCGCUCCCGAUUCUGUGCAGUCAAGUCAGGCAACUCCUUCCAAAGCAGAGGCGCCUGCUGCCUCCUCACCUCCUCCCACCUCCACCCCAAAGGUUGCCGCUCUGGUAGAUCUCAGUGACACCCCACCUGCCAACAAUCCAUCUAACACUGUAGCAAACCAAGGGGGUGUCCUGAAUCCUAGUGCUGAGACUAAAAAGGCUGUCACCAAAUCACCUGCUACAGUACCCACAAAUGUCACCAGCCCCCCAGCUACUCCUGAGGCAAAGCAGGUGAAGCAGGAGCCAUCAGGUACCAAAGGUCCAGAUGAGGAAGUAGCACAGCCCAGCGAAGUGAAAAGUCCAACUGAGGCCACCAAGGCUGAGGGGCCUUCCCUCACCAACCCAAAACCCACCCAAAAUGAGGACUUUCAAAUUGAUGGGGGGACCUUCAAGACUCCAGAAAUUGACCUUGCAAAGGAUGUUUUUGCAGCUCUUGGAACUUCUACUCCUGCCACUGUGGCUAGUGGGAAAACUGCUGAUCUGGUUUCUUCCACUGCAGACACCUCUGUACCGCCUGCUUCAAAGACCGAGAAGGCCCCUGUAGAAGAGAACUCUAAGCCAGAUGAAUCAGAAAGCAAGAGCACUCCAGCAGAAGUGAAAACAGUUCCCACUGAAGCCACUCAAACAAACGUGGACGAGAGCAAAGCAUGAUUUCGCCUUGGGGAGGGGGGUGUGUUAAAGGGGAAAGGGAAAGUGAUACGAAAAUAAUGUCUGAAGAGCCUCAUGCUAGCCAUUUACAGAGUGAGGUACAUACACACACUUCAUCAUUCCUCUCAAAUCUUGGCCUUUGUUGUUUUUCUCUUUAUUUUUUUUAAGGAAAACCUGUUUGUUUUUUUUGUGAGAUUGUAGAAAGGGUUUAUCUCUUGUGCACAUGCUUUUUACGAACAAAACCAAGGGGGGAAAUGUCAGUACGAGAAGUCCCACGCAGUGUCUUCAAAACUGCAAGUGUGUUCCAGUUUGUCCUUGACCAAUAUUUGUCAUUGAGAAGGGCAUAGGUCUGGACCGCCGAGAGCAUUGUAUUUAACUGUGUUGUAACUCCGCUCAUCCUCCAUAUGCUCCUCUGGCAGUGAAAGGGUUUGUAUUUAAAAAUGUUGAAUUGUUUGUCUAGGUUAAUAAACAUGAAGGAAAGCA